CCAGUUCCAGGAACUGACCUGGCAAAUAUUGACUAGGCUGCUGUGAUCUUGCAGCACCAUUUUCCUGUGGGCAGGAGGUGAUGCAGAGCUGAAGACCCAGGGACCUUGCUAAGAUGGGGCCAGCCUGGCUGUGGCUGCUGGGAGCAGGGAUCCUGGCCUCUCUCCACUGUCAGCGCCUUCCUGCCCAUGCAGAGAAGAGUCUGGGGGUGCCUCAAGCCCCCAGUGAGCAGCUCCCAGAGCCAGCCCCCACCUACCACAAAGUCACACACACCAUUACCAAAUUUGCUUUGCGGUUGUAUAAGCAUCUGGCAGCGGAAACCCCAGGAAACAUCUUCUUCUCCCCAGUGAGCAUCGCUACCACCCUGGCCCUGCUCUCUCUUGGGGCCCAAGCUGACGCCCCGACUCAGAUCCUGGAAGCCCUUGGCUUCAACCUCACGGAGACCCCAGAAGCUGCCAUCCACCAGGGUUUCCAGAGCCUCAUCCACACCCUUGACCUGCCCAGCCCCAAACUGGAACUGAAAGUAGGCAACUCCUUGUUCUUGGACAAGCAACUAAAGCCUCAGCAGCACUUUUUGGACGACAUCAGGGAAGUGUAUAGAGCUUUUGCUUUUUCUGCCAACUUCACAGAUUCUGCUACAACCGGGAGGCAGAUUAAUGAUUACAUGAGAAAGCAAACAUACGGGCUGGUCAUGGACUGCCUCCAGGGCUUCACCCGGGACACACUCAUGGUUCUCUUGAAUUACAUCUUCUUCAAAGCCAAGUGGAAGCAGCCUUUCAAUCGCUACCAGACCCAGAAGCAAGAGAGCUUCUUUGUGGAUGAGAGGACCUCCCUCCACGUCCCUAUGAUGCACCAUAAGGAGAUGCACAGGUUCCUCUAUGACCAGGAGGUGGCCUGCACUGUACUCCAGAUAGAAUACAGCGGAAAUGCCCUGGCCUUGCUGAUCCUCCCUGACCCUGGGAAGAUGGAGCAUGUGGAAGCAGCUCUGCAGCCAGAGACCCUGAGAAAAUGGGAUCGAUUGCUGUUUCUCAGCCUGUUGGAUUUGCAUCUGCCAAGGGUCUCGGUUUCUGGAGCAUAUAACUUGGAAGAAAUACUUCCCCACAUGGGCCUCACCAACAUCUUCAACCUAGAAGCCGACUUAUCAGGAAUCACUGGGCAACUCAACAAAACCAUCUCCAGGGUGUCACACAAGGCGGCGCUGGACAUGAAUGAGCGGGGGACCAAGGCCGGGGCUGCAUCAGGCCUCCUGUCCCAACCGCGGCCUCUGAACGCAACCACGGCUCUCCAGGCCCAUUUCAGCAGGCCUUUCCUGGUCCUCCUUUGGGACGUGACCACCCAGAGCCUACUCUUCCUGGGAAAAGUCGUCAACCCGGCUGCGGGGUGACUGUGGAGGGAGGCCGGCACUGUCCUGCCUCCCGCCAAGCCCCUGAACAAGCAGGAAGGCCAGUGCCAGCCUGACUGCAGGCUGCCGGGAGUGCCCACCAGCCAGUGUGCAGACACCCUAAUAAAGUUGCCCCUGGGUUUUGUGAGUGCUGAGGGCAAUGCUUGCGACGGAGUGUCAGCACACAGAGCAGCCUUCAGGCAUCCGCCCCAUGUUCUCCUCAAAUUGGGUGUCAGAUUAGAAAGCUGAAAGCAAUAGUUUUAUAGUUUCCGAAAACUAGUUAGGAAGUUGAAAAUGGGAACAGCCUCAUGGGUGGCUUCCCAGGAGCUGUCCAUACCCCACCACCCCCCACUGCAGGUUUUCCCUGAGUGUCCCUGGGGUCGGAUCCCAGGGGCAGGCACC